CAACGCGCAUCUGUCAUGGCUGCUUACUGAUGCCACUUGCACCACAUGGGUGGAAAUAAACAUUUUAUCAGUGAAUGAGAAGUACUGACUGGGCUCACUAACACAGCGGUUGACCGUCGACUCUGAGCGGGACCGUCCGGACUGAAGGCAGCGGCUCCAGCUCACUGAACCAGAGACCAGAGGCUCCGUGAUGCCGCUCGACGUGGAGCUGCCCGUACUCCGAGGCUUUUUAACAGCCAGCGAGGCAGCGGAGUGGAAGCAGAAUGUCUUCAGUACUGCAGAGGCGGGCCCUCUGCUGGAAUCCUUAAUGGAAGGGGACUUUGAGGCAGUUCUGCUGAACCCACAGAUAAUAGAUCUGCUCACUGGAGAUGGCAACUGCAGCGAGGGUGAGGACAUCGAGACCUACUUGGAAAAACGGGUCCUGCUAUACCUGAAUGGAGGCACCAACGAUAAUCAGAACAACAGGGAGCUGGCAGUGAUGACCCUGGCUGUGUCAUGCCUUCACGCGUUUGCCCAAAGUAACUGGACUGGUCCUUUGGUCUCCUUCCAUAUCUGUGACCUCCUGCCCCAGGCCCUGCUGUCCUCUCAGCAGCCCCAGACCCUGGUUGAAGCUGUCCACUCCAGCCUGCUCCUGGAUGGAGAGUCUGUCUACAGCCUGGUGGCCAACCCCUUCCUCCUUCUGCUGGCAAGGGUCAUUCUCAUCAAGUGCUCCUCCAAGAUGGACAGCCUCCAGCUGCUGCCCUGGUGGACCCUUCGCUACAUCAACCUGCACCAGCAAAUCCUGGAGGCCCGUUCUCCUCAGCUCUUCAACUUGGCCCAAAGCAGCAUGGACAAAGUGCUGAAAUGCCAAUCUGUGUUGUCGGAGCAGAGAAACCUGGCUAUUCAGUUCUACCUGGAGUGUGCCUACACUAACCUAACCUACUAUGAGUAUCAGUCAGCCAGGGAACACAUCAUGAAGGCCCAGGAGCUCUCAGGGCUCAACAUCAACAUGACUGGUGCUCUUGGCAAACGGACUCGUUUCCAGCAGAAGUAUUUGGCUCAGCUCAUCCUUGAGGUCAAAAGAAAGCAAGAUCAGCCUGAUCAGAUGAAGUUUGAGGCCAGUCCCACUCCCACACCACAAGCCAUCCUACCAAAGGACUACAAUCUGGGUGAUGACACUGUGCUGGAUAACAUCAAUUUAGCAGAGCCAGAUCAGUACGAGCUGCCUGACCUCAGCGCCGAGGAGCAGGCCGUUGUCCUGGGCAUCUGCACUAACUUCCAGAAGAAUAACCCUGUUCACAAACUAACAGAAGAGGAGCUCCUGGCCUUCACAUCUUGUAUUCUGUCUCAGCCCAAGUUCUGGGCUGUGGAGGUCACAGCUCUUUGCCUCCGGACCAGACUGGAAAAAUCAAGAACCCGAUGCGUGGAGAGAGCCAUGAUGCAAACCCAGGCGAUCGUGGACUACUUUGAAGACAAGAGCUGUCCAGUAACGGAGCGCCUCAAGGUCUUCUACUGCUGCCAAGCCCCACCCAGAUGGACUGUCCAGCAACAGCUGGCCAGCCUGCUAACAGACCUCGGCUGCAUCAGCUCGGCUCUGCUCAUGUAUGAAAAGCUGGAGCUGUGGGAGGAUGCAGUUGUCUGCUACGAGAGGCUCGGCCAACAUGGAAAGGCUGAGGAGAUAGUGCGCAGGGAACUAGAGAAGAAGGAGACGCCCAGUCUGUACUGUCUACUUGGAGACAUCUUGAGGGAGCAUCAGUACUACGACCGGGCAUGGGAGGUGUCGGGUCGACGCAGUGCCAGAGCCAUGCGCUCCAAAGCUCUGCUGCACCUCCACAACAAGGAGUUCCAGCAAUGUGUCGACUGCUUUGAGCAGUCGCUCAAAAUUAACUGCAUGCAGCUCGGUGUGUGGUUUUCCCUCGGUUGUGCCUACUUUGCCCUGGAGGGCUAUGAGGGAGCUGCUAAGUCUUUCCAGAGGUGUGUGGGACUGGAGCCAGAUAAUGCAGAAGCGUGGAACAACCUCUCUACAGCUUAUAUUCGCCUCCAGAUGAAAAACAAAGCCUUCCGUACCCUCCAGGAAGCCCUGAAGUGUAAUUACGAACACUGGCAGAUUUGGGAGAACUUCAUCGUUGUCAGCACUGACAUCGGAGACUUUGCUGAAGUCAUCAAGGCCUACCACCGUUUGAUGGACCUGAGGGAGAACUACAAGGACAUCCAGAUUCUAAAGAUCCUGGUCAGGGCAGUUGUUGAAAACUUGACGGACAGCGAGGGGCAGCAGGCAGGAGCCCUCCAGUCCAAACUGAAGGAGCUCUUUGGUCGGAUCAGUUCCCGCCACAGCAGUGACGCAGAGAUAUGGCGACAGUACGCACUGCUGUACGGUGGAGGCCACAGCUCCAACCCAGAGGACAACGAAAAGGCACUGCAGUUCCUGUCCAAGGCCCAUCGCUGUGACGUUCAGACCGGCGGCUGGGAGAAAGAACCUGCUCUCUUCAAGGAGGUGAUCAAAAGAGGCAUCCAUAUGGGAGAAGUGACAGUCAGUUGCAGUGAGAAGAAGAGUAAUCCAUCAGAAGCUCUUCAGAUGCUCUCCACCACCCGCCUCAGCCUAAGGAGUCUGGCCACCAAAGCCAAGCAAAUGCACACCGACGUGGCUACAGGUCAGAUCCACACCGAGCUGCAGGACGGGGUCGCUACUCUGGAGCAACUCAUCACUGAGCUGCAGGAGCUGAGUGGGAAGCUGCGUAACCAGUCGCAGUGACCGUCCUCACAGAAGCAUCUCCUUUCUGGGACAAAAAAUAGCUUGUCCGUAAUAAGGACUGACCAGAGUCAGACAGAGACUCUACAUUUCCAGACAUCACCCUAAUAAAUUCCAUCAAAUCAAGAGUUAAAGUAGAAAAGGAAAGCCAAAGGACUCACUUUGUAAUCAUGAUGUUUUUAUACCUUUAUGUCUACAUUGGAAGGUAAACAAUGACUAUCUGACAUUAAGCAGUAAAAUGUUUAAAAAUCAAAA